AUGCUCGGUUUUUAUAUCUUUUUCUUGGUCGCCUCGGCCCAGUUCGUGCAGUGGAUCGGGAAGACUAAGCUGAUCGAUUGGGCCCAUAACCUAUACCUCUGGAUCACCGGCUCGUCUCUGCUCAAGGAUCAGAGGAAACUCCGGACGCAAAUCUUGAAGACCAAGGUCGAGUUCCAGGCGACUUCUUCGCAGGACCAGUUCGCCAAAUGGGCCCGUCUACGCCGAAAGAUCGACAAAGAUCUUGUCGACUUCGAAGUUCUCAAUAAAGAGAUCUCUUCAGCCAAAACCCAAUUCGCAGCGCUCUUCUCCAGCCUCUUGUGGACGUUCACGAGCGGUUUCCAGUUCGCACUGAUCUCAUGGUACCGUCGCUCGCCGGUCUUCUUCCUACCUCAGGACUGGUUCCCGGCACCGAUUGUCUGGAUCCUCAGCUUUCCUUCUGCACCUUAUGGUGCUGUCUCGACCACCGCUUGGACGAUUGUCUGUAAACGUGCACUUGCUCUCAGUGGAGGUAUUCUAAUUGACACCUUUGAUUAA